AUCCUGUGGAAUGAACAAAAAAUUGUAGGGGACACCCGGGUUCGAACCAGGGACCUCUCGAUCUGCAGUCGAAUGCUCUACCACUGAGCUAUAUCCCCGUAUAGAAAUAAUCAUCUUAUCUAGUGACAUUGAAAAAGUCAAACCACUUAAAACUAACACUGUAUAAUAUGCUUAUUCAAACUUAUCUACAUAUUUGAAAAGCAAUUAACAUACAGAGUCACGCGAACAUUUUGUUCGUCAGUGCAUUUGUACCAAUUACUUGUGUUCGUCAACAUAUGAAUAUUUAUACUGAAUAACUGAAUAAUGCUUUUUCCAUUUCACAGGUUAUGACAAUAGCUUACUUUCAAAUAUUGGUUAGGAUUAUAUAAAUAUUAAGUAAACCUAAAAAGUACAAAAUGAAUGUCUAAUAUUUCGAAGUGUUCUGACUGUAAUUUUAUGCUGGAUUUUUGGACAUGCCGCCACUUGUUUUCGGACGCAAAAGCAGCAUAUAUAUCUGUAGUGAUAUAGCUCUAUCGAAUAAGAACGGUUUCUAUAUGGAGCGAUGAUUUUGUACUUUUUUCCACGUUAGAGGACACUGGAUUCAGUGAGUAUAAUUUUGAGAAAAACAAUCUUGGAAUUAUAACUGUUAUGGAGACAUUGACAUUUUUAUACAUUUUACUGACAGUCUUUUGUAAUCAUUCUACAAAAGGACAGCCGUGUCAGACUACGUGUGAGUGGAUGUCAUGGUAUGAAUGGUCAGAAUGCAGCGUAACGUGUGGCGGCGGGGGACAACAGAACAGAUUAAGGCCUUUAUGUUGUCCAACUGGUUACGACGAUAUCAACGUCUGUGCAAACUUUUGCAACAUAGACGUUAAUGAGCAAUCCGAGAAUCGGUCGUGUGGUGAUGUGUGUUUAUAUGAUGGGACGAUGAAGAUCGAUGGGUACGGUUGUCAGUGCAAAAACAGAUCAUUUGGUCACUGCUGUGAACAACUGUUAUCGGGAUGCACACCAUUUCCGACAGACGUUAUAUUUGUAUUAGACUCAUCAAUUAGUCAGUCUGUUGAACAGUUUGGCCAUCAACUGGACUUUGUAUUGCAAUUUAUUGACCACGUUAACAUUAGUACAGAGGAAUUUCAGAUCGCAAUAAUUACGUUUUCGUUUGACGCAAAAGUGGAAAUAACUUUUAAUCAAUCUUCAGAUAAAGACAGUCUCAGAAAUUUAAUAAAUAAAAUCCAAUUUCGACCUGGGGCUACAUUUACUGAUAAAGGAUUAAGUUUAGCAUUAGAAGUUGCAAGACAGAGUGAAAGACGUGAAGGAAUGGUCACACUAACGUAUGCGUUUGUUCUAACCGAUGGUAUGUCAACUAAACGAGAUGACACACGCAUCGCUGCAAAGGCAUUAAGGGAUGCCAACGUUCGCGUUAUUGCAAUAGGCAUUGGAAGGGAAGUGUCUCACCAAGAAUUGGUAGAUAUUGCAUCACCGGGAGACCAGUACAGUCCGUCCUACGUUUUCUCUGUCGGAGAUUUUAAUGCCCUGUAUGCUUUACUAAAACAGCUUGUUGACAUAACUUGUGACGACUGUACCGCUUUAAGUCACUUUUCGGAUAUCGUGUUUCUUCUUGAUGAGGGUAAUGGCAUGACGGAAAAUGAGUUUGAAAUAUCGGUUGAUGUGAUGAAGUCUAUCGUGGAGAAUACUGAUAAUAUCGGCGAGUAUGAAGGUGCCACAUUUGCUUUACUCCAACUCAGAAACUCGCUUAAGUAUGUGAUCAGGCAGUCAAGCGGCCAUUCAAAAAACGAUAUUAUUCUUCAGCUUCAAAUCUUAAGUCGGAUGAGAAAUGAUGUUUGCAGCAAAGAUGGUCAAUGCGAGGAAGUAAAUAUCACAACAGCUAUCAAUGAAACAUUUCACAAUCUUUACAAUAAUACUGGACGUCAAGGGGCUAGAAAAUUUCUUGUCGUGCUUUCAAAUGGACAAUAUGAAGAUCCGAGUUCUAUAAAAGAUGACAUGGCUAGACUUUAUGACGAAGUUGAUGUAAAAGUUUUUGUAGUUGGUGUAGGACCUGAUAUUAAUAUGGAUGGUCUACUGUCUUUGGCUAAAGAAGCUAGUCAAGUAUUUGUGACAAAAGACGGUGUUGAGAACUCAAAAUUUACAGUCAUGCAGUCAGAAUUUACGUACAAUGACUCGAGUAGUACUCUAGUUCUCCAAACAGGAAUGGAGAUACUUGUAUGUUUGAUAUUGGCAUUUAUAGCUAAAACAACAGCUGAACCGUGCGAUAAGAUAUGCGAGUGGAUACCUUGGAAAGGAUGGUCCGAGUGUAGCCGAACCUGCGGUGGAGGAUCCAGGAGUAGAUACAGACUUUUUUGCUGCAGGUCCGAUUUAGCACCCGACAUUCGUGCUUGUUUAGCAAAUUGUGGAAAGGAUAUAUCCUUCUAUAACAGUGGAUAUUAUAUAAGGGAAAGUUGUAUGGACAUAUGUUAUAAUGGUGGAAUAUUUGAGAAAUCAAGCAGCGGACAGGGAAAUUGUAAAUGCGAUAUUUUACACGAAGGUUACUGUUGUGAAAGAGAGAAACCUCGCAUUGAACAACCCAGUGGCAUAAGAAGCUGCGAUGAAGUAUGCACUUGGUCUUCAUGGGAAGAAUGGAGCACGUGCACAGUGUCUUGUGGUGGUGGUGGACAUCAACAACGUCAAAGGCAUUUAUGUUGUUUUGAGGAAUACGGCAACUUUCAAAACUGUGCAGAAAGAUGUGACAAAGACAUUAAGGACCAGGUUGAGGAUCGAAUCUGUGGAGAUAGUUGUUUAUAUGGUGGAACGAUGAAGAAAGGCGAUUACGGUUGUCAAUGUUUGGACAGAACUUUUGGACAUUGCUGUGAAGAACUAUUAUCAGGUUGCACACCCUUUCCAACUGACGUUAUAUUUGUGUUAGAUUCGUCAACAAGUCAAACGAAAGACGAGUUUCGUCAGCAGCUCGAUUUUGUAUUAAAAUUCAUUGAUCAAGUUAACAUUAGCAAAGAAGAAUUUCAAAUCGCGAUAGUAACAUUUUCAUUCGAGGCGAAAAUAGAAAUAAAUUUUAAUCAAUCUACAAAUAAAGACAAUCUUCGAGAUGCAAUAAAUAAAAUUUCAUUUAGACCGGGUGCUACCUUUACAAACAAAGGGUUAAAUGCAGCAUUAAACGUUGCAAGACAAAGUGAAAGACGGAAAGGGAUGGUGACACUUACGUAUGCAUUUGUUCUGACCGAUGGAAUGUCAACUAAACGACAAGAUACACGAUUGGCAGCAAAGGCAUUGAGGGACCAUAAUGUUCACGUUGUUGCAAUAGGGAUAGGAAAGGAGGUGUCACACCAAGAACUGAUAGAUAUUGCAUCACCUGGAAACCAACAUAGCCCGUCCUACGUUUUUUCUGUCGGCGACUUUAAUGCACUGAAUACCUUACUGAAACAACUCGUCGAUAUUACCUGUGAUGACUGCAGUGCCGUUAGCCAUUUUUCAAAUAUCGUGUUUCUUUUGGAUGAAAGUAAUGACAUGACUGAAAAUGAGUUUGAAACAUCAGUAGAUAUACUGACAUCAAUUGUGACAAAUACUGAUCAUAUAGGUGAACAUGAUGGUCCGGUCUUUGGAUUGUUUCAAUUUUGCGAGACAUUAAAGAAUGUGAUAAAACUGUCGAAUCACCAGUCACAAGGUGGACUGACUCUGAAUCUUAGAGUCUUACGCCGGACAAGAAAUGAUGCUUGUAGUAAAGAUAAGCAAUGCCAUGAAAUGAACAUGACGAAUGCUAUAGGUGAAAUUGUUAAAAACUCGUUCAACACCUCCGAGAGAGAUAAUGCUAGAAACUUCCUCAUUGUUCUGUCUAAUGGUCACUUUGAAAAGCCAAGUAUGAUAAAAAAUGAAAUAGCAAAUAUCAAGGAAUUAGCUGAUGUUAAAGUUUUUGUGGUUGGAAUAGGAUCUGAUAUCCAUAUGGAUGGACUGUUAGCCCUGGCUAAAGAAGCAAGUCAUGUGUUUGUAACUCAGGACUAUAGUGAUCACUCAAAUUUAGUUGUAAUGCAAUCAGAAUUUAAGUACAACAUUUGUUUAAAGCAUUGAGAAUACUGGUUAAUUUCGUUUCACAUUUGAGUGUCUUUUGUUUCUGUAUAUUGUUUAGUUUGCUUUGUAGUUUG